AAUAUUUUGAUUAUUGACUGCAACUUCAACUGCAAAUUUUGCAGAAAAACAAAUAAUAUUAACCUUACAAAAUAAUUUUCUAAGAAAAUUCCAAAUCUAGAACAAUAAUGGCUUGUGUUCUUUGCGAAAGUCUGGAUGCAACAACUUUUUUUAAUUUGGAUGAAACAGUUACUCUACAUUCAUCGACACCAAUAAAACAAUUUUUCAAAAGAAUAAUAGGUGGCUCCUUAAAAUUGAGAACUAGUGCCAAUGAUCUUUUUUGUGGAUCAUGUUAUGAUAUCUUCAAUGAAGUGGAUCAAAUGGAAGAAAAAAUUAAAGAAAUAGUAAAUGACAUUAAAGGUAGAUAUAAAAAGAGAAUAAAGAUGAAGGAACAAAUAAUAAUAUCUUCAGAAGAUCAUGGAGAAAUUGUUAUAACAGUAGAUGAUGAUCAGGAGUAUUUUGAUUUCAAUGAAGAUGGUGAAGUACACUCUUCAGGUUCACCAAGGCUUGAAAAUUUCGAUGAUAGUGAAAGCAAAAAUACAACUAAUGCUUUCAUGAAUAAUUGCGAAGUAACAAAAGAAAAUGGAAAAAUUCAUUUCAAGAAUCAACAUGAUCUAAAAAAUAUUCUUAAUAUGAAUAUAAAAUCAGAAGAAACAUCUGAAAGUUGGGAGAAUUGUAUUGAAGAACAUGUUAUUUAUGAUAUGAUGGAUGAUAAGAAAGUGGGAAUUUUGUUUGGAUCGAAAAAUAGCUCUCCACCUAAAAAAUCUAAUAUAUCUAGAUCAGAAGAUAAACUUCAUAAAUGUACAAGAUGUACCCUAACCUUCCCUACUAAACAAGAAUUAAAAUCUCAUUCUACAUCACAUGUUGAAAGAAAACCUUAUAUCUGCGAAAUAUGUGGAAAAGUUUAUCGUCACAAGAGUGCCUUAAAUAUACAUGUUGGAAUGCAUAAUGGUAUAAAUCCUUUCAAAUGUUCACAUUGUGAAAAAUCAUUUACUCAGAAAGGAGCUAUGAUACGGCACAAUAAAAUUCAUACAGGUGAAAAACCAUAUCAAUGUGAAGAAUGUGGGAAAUGUUUCACUCACCAUACUUCUUUUACUAUACAUAAAAUAUCACAUACAGGAGAGAAAUCAUACAAAUGCAACGUUUGUGGACUAAUGUUGAUGUCAACUUCACAUUUGAAAAGACACAUGAGGGUACAUACAGGUGAAAAAAAGUAUACUUGUACAACAUGUGGAAAGAGAUUUGCUGAAAAAUACAACCUAAUGUCUCAUAGCAAGUUACAUAGCAAAGAAACGUUUUCAACUCAAAAAAGAAAAUAUAGAUGUGAAUUAUGCAGUAUUGUAUUUUACAAAAGACUGCAUUUAGAUGAACAUAUUAAAGAAAAUCAUUCAGCCACAGACGAGGACUUUAUUUAUUGUUAACUGAUGAGCUACUGAACUAUGAUUAUUAUGAAUUCAUUGAGACUCUGUUUUGCUAUUCAGUAUCAUAUUCAUUUGCUUUGAAGAAGUGAUAAGUGUGUAAGAUUUAUUUUUACGAAAGUUUAAAAUCCUAUAUUAUGCAAUUAUUACUGGAAUGAAGUUAAGAAAGUGAUGAAAAAACAAUGAAUCAUUUCUCCAUAAGAUUCUACCAAAAAACUCAAAAUCAAUAGAUAUGAAAUAACUAACCAACGUUUAUGGACGAUCUAACAAAUUUUGAAUUAGAGAUAAUACAUUGAUAAACUAGCCAGGAUAUUUCUUAUGAUUAGGGAUGUAAAAAAGGUGUAAGUAUUCUAUUUCUUUUAUCAGAUUUUCAGAUGUAUAAACCAUUUUGCUUUUUGUUUACAUGAUAAGAAGUAUGAUAUUUUACUUUUGUAUAUGUUAUUCAUUCAAAUAAUUGUAAAUAUUGAUUCUAUCUACUGUUGUAUUAUAUUAUUUUGGUUUUUAAUUUCCAAUAUUUCAAUAAAAAUUUGGAAUCGUUUAAUGUUGAAAAUUUCAGAUCCCUCUUUAAAAUUACCAUCUUGGGUUGCGUCCAAUCUAAAUAAUAAACAAUACAAAUUUUACACUAUAAUAUCACCACAGAAUAAUUCAAGAAACCAAAAAUUUUAUAGUGAAUAUCUUCGAACAUCAAGCUGUAAAAGAAAUUUUCUGAAUAUUAUUUUUACUGUGUUAGUAGCUAUUAUUUCUAUCAAAAGUCAUGUUGAUUGUAUUUUUAAUAUAUGAAUUCGUUCUUA